GGGGCCCAUCUGGCGCUCCCCAUUCAUGCAGUUUGGUUGCGUGUUGGUGUAUUUGACUGUUUGCAAUAAAGAGGGGGGGAUUUUUUUUUGUUCAGUUUCUGCUGCAAUUAACUCUUGGUCCCUUCAACAUCCUUUUUAAAUUUUUUUUUUUACCUUUUUUUUUUUUUUUUGGUGGUGGGGGGGAAAAAAUUGCAAUUUUGCAGAACGGUUGAAACAGUUUUUUUUGGUGGUUCCAUUUAUUUUUUUGGUACCAAUCUAUUUUGCAAUCAACUAUUAAGGUGCAACUAUGCCCAAAAGAAAGGCUCCAGCUGAAGGCGAGGCAAAGGAAGAGCCAAAGAGAAGGUCGGCUAGACUAUCUGCUAAACCUGCUCCGCCCAAACCGGAGCCCAAGCCCAAAAAGGCAGCACCUAAGAAAGAAAAGGCAGCAAAUGAUAAAAAGGAGGACAAAAAGGCAGCGACAAAAGGGAAGAAAGGAGCCAAAGGCAAAGAUGAAACUAAACAAGAGGAUGCUAAAGAAGAAAACCACUCCGAAAACGGAGAUACCAAAACUAACGAGGCACCAGCUGCUGAAGCAUCUGAUGAUAAGGAAGCCAAGUCCGAGUAAUGUUAACCCUGCCCUAUAUCUCCAUCAUUUGGUCUCCGUACCUCCAUGCUGUAUUGUUAACAGAGAGGAAUAUUUUUAUCAACUAUUUUAUAAAUGCAGGUUUUUUUAGCAUGAAUUUAAUUAUGGAACAUCUUCAUCUCGGUUACUUGGGAAAUUCAAUCCCUUACAAAGAGGAAAACAAACAAAAAUCAUUGUUUUUAAAUUUUUGUGAUUGUAAUAGUUUGUAUGGUACAUGGAAAGAAUAAGUGGUGGUAGCUUUUGACUUCUGUCAGUGUGUCCCUUUUUUUGUGUAAGUCAAUGCUUUACAAGACUUCAGAUUUUAAGUUUUGGGUUUGUUUCCCCCCCCUCUCCUCCCUUUUAUUCCCCUCCCCCCCUCCCUUUCCUUCUUCUACGUGUUGUAUGGUUUCUUAAAGUGGGGAGGUCUCAAAACAAAAAUAACCGUGUUAAACAUUCCAGUGGUUCUGUGGGUUGCUUUUAUAAAGAAGGUGAAGCUAUUUUCAUGAGAAAAAAAAAAAGCUGGAAAUUUGUUGUUUCCCAAAUGUAAUUUUAUUUUGUCAGUUUUGAGAGAAAAAAAAAAAAAAGAAAAGAAAAAAAAAAAGAAAGAAAGAAAUAAUAAUAAAAAAAAAGAAGUGUAACCAUGUUUUUAACUGAAAUACAAAAGAAAACCAUUUCUUUUCAAGAGGGCAGGUCGGUUGUAUGUACCCACUGUUAGGAAUUUUGCUGGAUUUAUCUUAAUAAAAAAGACUCCUCAAAA